AUGCCUGCCGGUACUCCAAAUGGUCGUUCCCGCGCUGGAGGAUCAAAGAAUUCCUCCAACUCCUUAGUGGUCGUCUUGAAGCUGUCUGCAAGCGCCCUACAGCAGUUUUCCCACGACUUCCAGAUCAAGUCCAGUCAAAAUAAUACCCCCGACAUCAAGGGCACAGACCAGUCCUCACCAGCCUCAUCCGCCGAGCUCCCUCUCGUGCGCCCAUCUUCUGCCGACAACGGCUCCGAUGCCGACGCCAUUUCGACACCCGCCACGGGGGCAACUCCAGGCGAUACCCCUCGUCGGAAGGGUGUUCCGGGUCCCAAGCCAGGCAACAAAAGAACAAAAGAACAAACCGACCCUACCGCGAAGUCACGGGGACGACCUGGCCCCAAGAAGAAACCCAGACUUGAUGAAGGCGAUGCCACAAAAGUCCCAGCUGCCCAGCGCCUCGGACCAAAAGCGAACACGGGAGCCAUCAACGCCGGCCUGCGCGCAUUGGACCGUUCAGGAAGCGCGUGUCGCAAGUGGGAGCGCAAGCCCCUACAGCUGCGCAGCUUCACAGGCAUCAUGUGGCAACUACCCUCCUGGCGCACCCCGAGUAUGUCCAACUCAAACAGCUCGGUCGACAGCAAAGUGUCCGUGCUUGAAAGCGGCGACAGUGACAUGAAGCCCAUGCUCAAUGCCCCCGGCACCGAUACGGCCAAUGGCAGCAGCGCAGUACCCAGUGAGAAGAGCCACUCCGGGGAUGGUGAUAUCACUCCUGCUCCGUCUCAUCUGGUCGAGCCCUCGUCGCCGGCUAUCGCCAUGGCAGCCUGA